UGAACUGCUUAUUUCGUGGCAUUGUUUUGCUAAACUUGAUCUAUCAGCUGUACGAGUAGUCUUAAAGUAAUAGCUUGUCGCUGUGACAGUCGCAUCUGUUUCUCCAAGUGCCUCACAAUGAACACUACGCUGGCAUAUCUGGGCGCUCAUGCCAUUAUUGCCCUCGUACUAGCCAAAAUGGCGGCUGCAGGUACCAUACUGCCUCCGAUCAGCGCCAGUCCCAUUGUAUUUGCACGCAAAUUCUUUCGGGCCAUUAACGAGGAGGAGCCGCUCGUCAACAUGGUGGUUUCUCCUGCCGCCGCCCGCAGCGGUCUGACACUUGCCUUUAUGGGAGCCCAUGGCAAGGCAGCUGAGGAGCUACGUGCCGGCCUACUCCUUGGAGUGGCCAAGAAGCCGGUUAUAGCCAAGAGACAUGCUGAGUUCUGGAGCAAGGAGUGUACCUGCAGCGACCGAGGUGUGGCUAUGCGCCUUGCCACGCGCCUUUACGUAAAGGACGACGAACAGCUGCAGCCCAACUUCAAUCAGACUGCUGCAGAGUUCUUCAAUGCACAGGCCGAUGUUCUAAAUUUGACCAAUGUGGAUGAUGCAGCAAAUAGGGUUAACAAGUGGCUAGAGAUGCAAACUUUCCACACAGUGCGUAAUCUUCUGACUCCUGCAGCUUUUAACGAUGAAACUAGCGUUAUACUCGUUAACUCGCUCUACUUUCGUGCCAAAUGGGACAAACGUUUUCCAUCAGAGCGCACUAAACUGAAGGACUUCUGGAUCAAUCCAGAACAACGCAUGGAAAUUCAGAUGAUGCGUCAAGAGGACCAGUUCAAAUAUGGUGAAUCCAAGACACUGCGUUCUAAAAUUAUAAUACUGCCCUUCGAGGAGUCUGAAGUAAAUAUGAUGAUCAUAGUGCCGCAGGACAAAGAUGGAUUACCAGCUCUGGAGCAGAAGUUGCAGGAAAUGGAUUUAAAUGAAGUUGCCGCAAAAACGAUUUGGAAAGAUGUCGAAGUAGUACUGCCCCGGUUUAAAAUUGAGUGUGAUUUGGACUUGAAAGUGCCGCUACAAAAACUGGGAAUUUCGCGUAUAUUUGAACCUGGGGCUGACUUAAGCGGAAUAUUUUUGAAACGCUCAGAAACACCGCAGAAGAUUUCCGAAGCCAGGCAAAAACUCUACUUGGAUGUGAAUGAGUCUGGUUGUGAAACGGAUCCGGAUACCGCACCAGACACUGGCACUAUGACUGAGAAUCCAAAUCGCAAACAAUUCAAGGCAGAUCGUCCGUUUGUCUUUGCUAUUCGCAACAAUCAAACAGUUUAUUUCGUGGGUCAUUUUGUCAAGCCCUGAUAAAUACUUAGGUUCCUAUGCUGCACUGUGAUUAUUUCAUGGGUAGCAGGGCGAAUGAUUUUAAAAUAAAUAUACAUAUAUAGUAAAGGAGAUGUGCAAUAAGAAAAGCAA